GAGAGAGCUGAUUUUGAGAUAGAAAUUUUGGUUUAGAGAGAGAGAAGCUAAAGGAAGGAGAAGAGGAGAAGGAGGAGGAGGAGCUAAAAGAGAGGAGCCACCUUCCUUAACAUCAAGUCUUCAAUAAUUUCUUCUAUGUAUCUUCUUCCCUCUUUUAUAUAGUAGUCUUCUAAGAUACUUGGGGUUCUAGGCCCCAAACCGUAGUUUUAGGGCUAUUAUAUAUGUAUGAAUAUUUUAGGGUUUUGAAUGAAUGUGUUUAUCUAGUUGAUUUUAUUGCUUCUCUAGCUUUAAUUGUGUUUGGGUAAGUCGUCAUAAUCUUCUCCACUAGCCUAAUUGAGCUUCUACAUUGGGUAUGGAGUUUUAGGGUUAGACGGGUAUGCGUCAUCAAGCAAAUUAGGUUAGAUGAAUGAAUAUGAUCUUAUGGUGGAAGAGGAGACCGUACCCAUGCUAUAGAAAUUAGAUUAAACCCGGGAUGAAAACUCGGUGUAGACGGUGGGUAGAACCCAUUGAAAUGAGCUAUGUUCUUAAUGCACCAGAUACGAUAGCCCAGAUCGAGGUGACUAACAUGGGUUUAAGGGAGGUGUACUCGGAGGCGUGUGGAUAACCAAGAAAGUACAUGGAAAAGAGCUCACUCACCACAUUCACUAAACCAAACUUAUUUAGAUAUUGAAUAGUAACCUUAGGCUCGGGUGAGGGAUAGUUCCCUGAGGUACCUGCUUUUAUCCAUAUUUGUUCUCUCUACUAGUUAUUUCGCCCGAAUCCUACAUCCCAAACCCUUAAUCCGAUCGGCUAAAUAACAAAAACGUGGGAAGUAGGCUAGGGUACUAGGACCCGAGUGAAUAUGACCUUGAUUGCCCCUAUAUGACAACUCCACUCUAGGUUAAACUUGGCCUAAGAUGGGAUAGUUAUUGAAACGUGCUAACUAUUGACAAUGACUUGCACGGAAUGAAUUUAUCAAGCUUUUUGGCACUGUUGCCGGUGACCCUCGGUAACUAGCAGAAAAUCAUCGAGUUGUCAUAGUUUAGCCUUUAGUUUCUUAGUUUUGGUUUUGUUACUUUCGUAUAUUUUAUCGUUUUGUUAUCCAACUUUGUGCAUUACGGGUUGUCGAGUUUGUGUCUUGUAGCACUUUUGUAUGCAAAGAAGGGACUCUUUAGAGAUUGUAACUUUUGAUACUGAAAUCGAGAGAACCAUUUGAAAUCUAAGAAGAGUUGUGAGACAUCAAUCUCCACCAAUGGCGGAUCAAGAACAAGAAACUCAAGUUCCACCAAGGCCUAGAACAAUGGGAUCUUACUCAUGGCCAAGUAUGGAUAAUGUUCAAUCACUUAUUCUUCACCCAACAGUGCCAAAAAAUAGCUAUGAGAUAAAGUCGGGCACAAUUUCGAUGCUUCAAAGUGCGGUUCAAUUCAAUGGGAUGAUGAGUGAAGAUGCUCAUGCACAUAUCAAGUCGUUCUGGGAGUUUAUGAAUGGAAUCAAGGUAAACGCGGUUCCUAAAGAGGCAAUUCCUAUGAGUUUAUUUCCGUUAACUCUAAAUGGAGCGGCAAAACAAUGGUUAAAUAACCAUCCCCAUCAUUCCAUCAUCUCAUGUGAUGAUCUAUGCAAACAGUUCUUCGCAAGGUACAUUCCGCCUUCUGUUAUAAAUGCGCUGCUAUGGAUCGAGAAAUCGCCGACAAAGCAAGAAUACGAAAGCGAGAAUCGAAAACACGACACACGAUUUACGUGGUUCACUAACACGAUGUGUGUUAGCUAGUCCACGGGCGAGAGAGAGCCAGUUUCACUAUAUCGAGGAGAUUAGAGAUUACAGAGGAGUAUGAGAAGUAUUUAUAGUACUUCUCCAUGUGGGUCUAAACCUAAUCCAAUCUGGCAAAGGAAACGGUUACAGACCAUAUACCAGGCCCAUAACCCGAACCCAAAUAACAUUGAGCCCAUACACCGCGGGCCGGGGGCGUUGCCCCUGGACCCCACUCGCUAAACGGGCAUAUACAAGAUUGAAGAACCAUUGUCGUUAGCGGUUAAUAUACAAGAACUUUCCAAGAAAUUGAUCAAGUUGCAUCAUCAAUGAAAGGCAAUGGGAAGCAACUCAUGAAAUGCUAUUGAUGUGGCAACUCGAGUCGCACUAUGGUGCAAUGCAGUUAAAAGCGCGAUUCUACCUAGAAGCGGAAAAUGGGUAAAAUCGUAAAACGUAGAAUCAAAGCGUAAAAUCGUAAGUUUUUGACGCACCCUCUAAAAUAGCUAAAAUAUGUUAAGUACAACAUAUAGUAUAUAAAUGUGAGUGUGUAGAUUUUAGAUAAGUGGAUAACUACAUGAAAUUCAUAAUUAAAAUAUAAUAUCUAACACAUAAACUAAUUUGCGUUGACUCAAAAGUAGAGAAAACUCAUAGCAUCUUAAUAAUAAGCUCAUAAACGUAGAUCGUAACCCGUAAACGAGCUUGAGAAUCCAAAUUCUAAUAAACUGGUUUGAGUUUA